AUAAAAGGAAUCUCAUGGUGUAGCCCCUCUAACCAUAUUAUAUCCAAACCCUCAAAUUAAUCAUCAAUUCAAGUCCCACAAAUUAAAAAAAAUAUGUCAAAAUCUAUGGAACUCCCAGAUUGUGUAUACCCUAAGCCAGCAUUUAGCAUUAUCCCUCCAUGUGCUCCAACACCAAAGCAUUCUCUCUACCUAUCUAACCUUGACAACCAAAAGUUCCUCAGAUUCUCCAUCAAGUAUGUGUACCUCUUCAAGAAAUGUGUGAGCUUGGAUGUGUUGAAGUCUUCUCUUUCAAGAGUUUUGGUGGAUUACUACCCCUUGGCUGGGAGGUUGAGGAGGAGCAGCAGCAUUGUUUGUGAGGAUGAUGAUCACAAGCUUGAGGUGGAUUGCAAUGGACAAGGUGCUUUCUUUGCUGAGGCUUCCAUGGAUGCCACUGCUCAAGAGUUACUUGAACUUUGCAAGCUUCCAAAUGAUUCGUGGAGGAAGCUCUUGUACAAGGUUGAAGCUCAGAGUUUUUUGGAUGUUCCUCCUCUUGUAAUCCAGGUGACGAGACUCGGAUGCGGAGGGAUGAUCCUGUGCACGGCAAUCAACCACUGCCUAUGCGACGGCAUCGGCACGUCCCAGUUUCUCAAAGCUUGGGCCCACCUCACCCAACACCCCAACGCGGAACUCACAACCCCACCCAUCCACACGCGCCACGUGUUGAAGCUUCGAGACCCUCCCCAGGUGCACCUCACCCACCCGCAAUACACCCGAAUAAACCCCACGCAAGUGGACCUCCACGCGCUAAUGUUCUCGCAGCCGCUCGUGCCCACGUCAUUCACCUUCGGACCCUCCCAAGUCCUCCGCCUCAAGAACCGCUACGAGCCGUCACCGAAGCGCGUGACGACCUUCGAAGCCGUGGCGGCGCACACGUGGCGCGCGUGGGUGAAGUCACUGAACCCGUGCCCCACGCUGACGGUGAAGCUCCUCUUCUCCGUGAACGUCAGGGAGAAAAUGAAGCUCCCCGAAGGGUACUACGGGAACGGGUUCGUGCUAGCGUGCGCCGAGAGCGUCGUGAGGGACCUGGUGGCGGCCGGCAACCUGCGACACGGUUUGGAAAUGGUGCAACGCGCUAAGGCGCGUUUGGACGAGGGGCGCGUGUGGUCGAUGGUUGAUUUGUUGGAGGACGAAACGGUGGGCAUCGAUUUGUCAUCGAGUUUCGUUAUUUCGCAGUGGUCGAGGUUAGGGUUAGAGGAGGUGGAUUUUGGAGAAGGGAAAGCGUUGCAUGUGGGUCCUUUGACGAGUAGUUUUUAUUGCUUGAUUUUGCCUAUCGUCGGAGACCCUCAUGCGGUGAGAGUGCUCGUGUCGGUGCCGGAGACUGUCGCCGACACUUUUCGCUAUCACAUGGCGCUGCAAGAGAGUUUGGCGACUUAUUAAGGAUGAAAAUGGUGGUCAUAACUCAUAAGUGGUCACACUAAUGGGAACCAUAUGCAACAACGUGGGUUAAUGUCCAGGAAAAUAUUGUCACAAACUCUAUUAAUAUCCUAAUAUUAUUUUAUAAUGAAUAAAAUUUAGACAAAUAAUGGCUACUCAAUAUAAUUAAUGAGUUAAUUAUCAAUACAUUAUUAACAACAUUAAAGUUGUUUAUUUUAUUAUUAU